AUGGCCACAGCCGCCUCCAACCCCUACAGCCUCCUCGGCUCCGGCUCGCUCGCCCAUGCAGACGGCGCGGGCAUGCAGCAGGGGAGCCCCUUCCGCAACCCGCAGAAGCUGCUGCAGAGCGAGUACCUGCAGGGCGUCCCUGGCAAUGGGCACCCGCUGGGGCACCACUGGGUGACCAGCCUGAGCGACGGCGGGCCCUGGCCCUCGGCACUGGCCGGUGGCCCGCUGGAGCAACCCGACGUCAAGCCGGGCCGUGAGGACCUGCAGCUGGGCGCCAUCAUCCACCACCGCUCGCCCCACGUCUCCCACCACUCGCCCCACGCCAACCACCCCAGCGCCUGGGGGGCCAGCCCGGCCCACAGUGCCUCGCUGGCCCCCCCCGCCGCCGCUGCCGCCACCGGGCAGCCCCUCAACGUCUACUCUCAGGCGGGUUUCGCGGUGGGCGGCAUGUUGGAGCACGGCGGGCUGACCCCACCGCCCUCCGCCGCCGCCGCGCAAGGCUUACACCCGGGGCUGCGGGGCGAGGGCGGCGGGGAGCACGGCGAGCUGGGCGGGCACCACUGCCAGGACCACUCGGAUGAGGAGACGCCGACCUCGGACGAGCUGGAGCAGUUCGCCAAGCAGUUCAAGCAGCGGCGCAUCAAGCUGGGCUUCACCCAGGCCGACGUGGGCUUGGCCCUGGGGACCCUCUACGGCAACGUCUUCUCGCAGACCACCAUCUGCCGCUUCGAGGCCCUGCAGCUCAGCUUCAAGAACAUGUGCAAGCUGAAGCCGCUGCUGAACAAGUGGCUGGAGGAGGCCGACUCUUCCACCGGCAGCCCCACCAGCAUCGAUAAGAUCGCGGCGCAAGGAAGGAAGAGGAAGAAGCGGACCUCCAUCGAGGUGAGUGUCAAGGGCGUGCUGGAAACGCACUUUCUCAAGUGUCCCAAGCCGGCCGCCCAGGAGAUCUCCUCGCUGGCAGACAGCCUGCAGCUGGAGAAGGAGGUGGUGCGGGUCUGGUUCUGCAACCGGCGGCAGAAGGAGAAGCGAAUGACCCCGCCGGGCGAGCAGCCGCAACACGAGGUGUAUUCCCACGGCGUGAAAACGGACACGGCCUGCCACGACCUCUGA